UAGUUUAAGUGGACGUCUAUGGUUUUUUUGAAUUCAAGGAAAAGGAAUGUCGCAGGGCUCUAAGCAAUCUACUGGACUCCUGAAUGCUACAAGUAAAACGCAACAUGGGAACUUCCUAGUGGCUAUUAAGCAGGAGAAAGGCGAGGCCCCUCGGUUAAUUGGGGAGAAGCCCCAUGGCGAAGAAGAGCCGGUGAAAAAGCGGGGCUGGCCGAAAGGCAAGAAGAGGAAGAAAAUCCUUCCGAAUGGACCGAAGGCCCCCGUGACGGGCUACGUCCGCUUUCUGAACGAACGACGGGAGCAAAUUCGCAUGCAGCGCCCGGAUUUGCCCUUCCCUGAAAUCACAAAAAUGUUGGGAGCAGAGUGGAGUAAACUACAGCUCACAGAAAAACAGCGCUAUCUGGAUGAGGCUGAGCGGGAGAAGCAGCAGUACAUGAAGGAACUGAGGGAAUACCAGCAGUCAGAAGCUUACAAGCUGUGUGCUGAGAAGAUGCAAGAGAAGAAAAUCAAGAAAGAGGACGCUGGAACUGUGAACACAUUGCUAAAUGGAUACAAGACUGGAGAAAGUGGCAGUGAUGGCUUCUCAACAUUUGAUGUCCCUAUUUUUACAGAGGAAUUCUUAGACCAGAACAAAGCACGGGAAGCAGAGCUGCGGAGGCUGCGUAAGAUGAACACGGAGUUUGAGGAGCAGAAUACCAUCCUGCAGAAACACACGGAGAGCAUGAGCUGCGCCAAGGAGCGCUUAGAGCAGGAGCUUGCACUGGAGGAGAGGCAGACAGUGGCACUGCAGCAACAGCUCCAGACCGUGCGCCAAGCUCUGACAGCCAGUUUUGCCAGCCUUCCCAUUCCAGGCACAGGUGAAACUCCCACACUGAAAACACUUGAUUUCUACAUGGCAAAGCUUCACAGCACCAUUGAGAGCAAUCCCAUACAACACGAAAGGCUGGUUGUCAGAGUCAAGGAGAUUUUGUCCCGCGUUGCCAACGAGCAUUUGUAAGUAACUGGGAUGCUGGGCACAACUUGAAAACAUCUCAACUAGUUUGCCAGGUUGAUGGGACUACACUGCCAUACGCUCCUCCUGAUGCAGCUGCCUUUAUGUAGCAGAUCUUCUCCAGUGCCUCUUCUCUUCAAAGAGCCUUAAGUUGCCUUCUCUGCUCCUAAAAUAUGUAGAAAAACCUCUUUUCUUUCUGAGCUUUGUCCUCUCUUGGCUCUUUCUGAAGUUGCUGGCAGGACAGCAGAUGGUAGAAUGACAGAAAAUCAAUGAGACUUGUCCAUGAUUGCUGGAUUCUGGAACUCUGUUUUCUCCUCCAAAGUACAGAUUUCCAGGCUAAUUUUGCCACAAAAAUGAGUAUUGCAGUCACUGGGCUACGUGGCUGACUACUGUAGCUACUAACAGGUCACACAGGAAUAUCAAAAGCAGACCGAAGGAGGCCAAUAUUUGUAGGCAGAUAUCAGAAUGGUUAGAAGUAGAUCAAUAAGGAUUUUUGACUCCCAAUUAACAAUAGCAGCUACACAAUGCCGCCUCUAACUCUAAAUUAUACUACUGAGAUUAUGAAAGAUGGCGUUGUGUGAGAGGCCUUUAAAUGCUGAUCCUUGAUCCUUCUUUAAUUUUUAGCAUAUACCUGACUCCAAUUGGUGGACUGAGAAAAAGCAGAAUAGAUCCAAGUCUAAAAACUGUCCUUCCCUCUGAUAAGAGGUACAAAUGAGCAGAUAAUUUCAAUGAAUUCCAUUCCACUUGUGUUUUAAAAAUCAGAGCAAAACAUGCUAUUACUUACUAUUAAUAUAGUUUGUAUUGUCAUUUUAAUUAU